UUGUAUUAAGUUUGAAUUUUUUCAAUGUAUUGUGCAAUUAAUUUGAAAUUGGAAUAAUUUUGCAAUUGAGAAAUUGAAGGAUUGAAUCAUUUUAUUUAUAUCACUCGGAAAUCAAACUACAAAAAAUUUGUGAACUUCGACUGGUCAAAAUCUCAACUUUAUAAUGGAAGAGGUGGACAGCAUAUCAGUUGCUGUUUCAAACAUUGACAUCAAUAAAGUGGAACCAUUAGAAAACCGUCGCGUAGUCGCUUUCUUAAAUCACUUUCUUUGCACUACGGUGACAUUCUUAAACCAGUUUGCGGAAAAAUGUGAAAACAAAUUGGAUCAAAUUCAACAAAAAUUAUUCAAGAUUGAGUCAGCUCUAAGGAUCUUAGAAUGCAAACUGGAGUCUUUGCCUACACCCCCGACACAACCUAAUACCUCAGAAAACAUUACCACCCUUUCUUCUAAAAGUGCCAUAGCUCAAAAUACUUCCGGUACAUUUGAAGCAUCAACUCCGGAAGUGGCAUCACAGGAAAUUAGCAGUCAGCAACAAAGUGAACAUGCAGAAAACCCAGUUCCUCAAAUGGUUGACAACAAGACAUCGGAGAAAAGUGCUGAAAAUACGGACGAUGAUGAUAAUAAAACUAAUAAAAACAAUGUUAGAGAAGACCCCAGAUACGCCAAGUACUUUAAAAUGAUGUAUGUGGGCGUACCACCGGCAGCAAUUAUGCAAAAAAUGGCAAGUGAAGGUGUCGACCCUGCAAUAUUGAAUUCUUGAGCACCUAAUAAAAGUAAUGAAACCUGUGAUAUAUGUAUGUACAUGUGCAAAACAAGUCUGCAAAUCUAAUAAUAUCAAUAUUUAUAAUAAUUUCAUGAACAACAAUAUUUAUUGUAAUUACAUUGGACUUGAAACUUGUAAUCAAGCACUAUGUGGAAAUUAAAAACUUUCUAAAAUGA